UCCCAUCUUAAGACCAAAACCCUUCAUUUUCUUUUCCCCCCUCGCGAUUUCCUCUCGCCCCGCUAAUUCUCCGCCGCCGAGCUCCGACCGUCGUCGCCGAUAUCCGCGGUGGUAGUUUCAAUGGCUGAGCAGUCGCCAGAGAAUAUUCCGGUUCCCGUGAAGGAGGUGGAGGCUCUUAAUGUAAACGCACCCAAUCAAGCAUCUUCCUCGGUCGCUGGAGUCCAGAUAAGCGAGGAGGAGAUUGAGAAGAGAUUCCAGAUUUUGAGGAGUGUUGGGGAGGAAUGCAUACAAGAGGAUGAAUUGAGGAAUCUUCUCACCAAGAAGGUUGCUCCGAUUUGCUAUGAUGGUUUUGAACCCUCGGGAAGGAUGCAUAUUGCACAGGGAGUGAUGAAGGUCAUCAAUGUGAACAAAUUGACGUCAGCUGGUUGCCGGGUGAAAAUUUGGAUUGCUGAUUGGUUUGCACAGUUGAACAACAAAAUGGGAGGUGACUUGAAGAAAAUCAAAGUUGUUGGAGAAUACUUCAAGGAGAUAUGGCAGGCUGCUGGGAUGAACAAUGACAAGGUGGAGUUUCUGUGGUCUUCUGAUGAAAUCAAUGCUAGGGCAGAUAAGUACUGGCCUCUUGUGAUGGACAUUGCACGCAGAAACAAGCUCCCUCGCAUCUUAAGGUGUGUGCAGAUCAUGGGGCGUAGUGAGACAGACGAGCUGAGUGCUGCCCAGAUUCUUUACCCAUGUAUGCAGUGUGCGGAUAUUUUUUUCCUCGAGGCUGAUAUUUGCCAACUAGGAAUGGAUCAACGGAAAGUAAAUGUGCUAGCAAGAGAGUACUGUGACGAUAUAAAGAGGAAAAACAAACCCAUCAUCUUGUCCCAUCAUAUGCUUCCUGGUCUUCAACAAGGGCAAGAAAAGAUGUCCAAAAGUGAUCCCUUGUCUGCCAUUUUUAUGGAAGAUGAGGAGGCGGAAGUUAAUCUGAAGAUCAAGAAAGCGUAUUGCCCUCCAAAAAUCGUGAAGGAUAAUCCAUGCCUUGAAUACGUGAAAUAUGUCGUACUGGAAUGGUUUCACGAGUUCACGGUUGAGCGAAAUGAAAAGAACGGUGGUAACAAGAGCUACACAAAUUUUGAAGACAUUGUUACUGACUACGAGAGCGGGGACUUGCACCCUGGCGAUCUGAAACCAGCCCUGUCGAAAUCUCUGAAUAAGAUACUGCAACCUGUCCGGGAUCAUUUCAAGAACAACGAACGUGCCAAGAAUCUGCUCAAACAGGUUAAGGCAUACAGAGUUACCAGGUAAACACACAGACUGAGAAGAAGUAUGUCUUGUGUCUAUGCCCUGCUUUUGUAGAAUUUGGUUUGGAACCUCUCUCUCCCUCUCACUAAGAAACUUAUUUUGUUCCCAGACUUGGGGAGUAGUUCUUGAAUUUCCGUAUUUGAUAUGAGAAUCUUGAGGAAAAAGGAGACUUUGCAGAGAUUGUUUAGAGAGAAUAUUGAAUGAAUGUCUUAGUCCUAAAGAAAACUCGGUUUACCAAAUCAA